GGUCAACAGACAUGUCCAAAACAUAAGAGAGUGUUGUUAAAUUUUUAUUGCCGUGACUGUUCAACACCAAUUUGUUACAAAUGUAAUGUGAUUGAUCAUGAAACUCAUAAGAAAGCUGACCUAGAUGAAGUCGGUUUAGAAAUGAAAGAGAAACUGAAGACAUUGAAACAGAAAUUAGAACUGAAGAUUGAAGAGAUACGGGUAUUUAAUCAUACUCUAACCCAGCAAAUAACCAACAUCAACAAUUCAGCUGCUAGAGUCUGUGAUGAUGUUGAUAAACAAGUGGAGAAGAUCUGUGAUGCAGCCAGAAAACAUGCCGAGGAUGUGAAAGAUGAUGCUAUUAAAAUGCGAGAUGAAGAAUGUGAAAAGCUCAGGAAAUUACAGGAAGAUGUCAACAAAUUAGAGUAUCAGCUCCAGACAAGUGUACAAUGUUCCGAUGAUGUUUUAAAGAGGGAGGCUACCAUUCCGGUUCUAGAUAUUUUACCUCAAGUCCAAACAUUGGCAGAUGACCACACAUCUAGAAGUCCAGAUUAUCAGGAGAUAAGGUAUCCAGAUUUCCCCAUGGUAGAUAUUGACGUCCAGUCUUUAAAACAACAGCUGGGGGAUUUACAUGCGAUUAUCACAGGAACUUUUACAUCCACAUUUGACGCAAGUUUAAUACAAGUAGGAAACUCUUACUAUAGUAAUGAUGCUGAAAUAUUCGGAUUGACGUGGUAUAUAAAAGUCCUAUACAUUGAAGACAGGCUGGAUAUUGUUUUAUAUCUGAAGAACCCAAAAGAUGUCAAUAAAAACUUUGACAUAGUAACCAGUACAAUAAAACUGAUAAACAGAACAGAUCAGAACAAGCCUCUUGUGAAAACAGAAAACUACAUUGUAAAUGAAAGAGAUGAUAAUGUUAAAUUUAAAAGUACAGGAAUAAUUUGUUACUGGUAUAAGCUAAUAGAACCUGAUUUCUUAUUACUGAAUAAAGACAACCCUUUUGUGGACGAGGUGAAUAAAUUUACAUUUGAGACAACUAUUAAAAUAAACCACCAUAUGAAGAGACAUGGAUAACUUUACCAUGUGGCCUAUCACCAAUUGAUCAGUAGGUUAUGACAUAAUGAAAAUAAAUUUAAGAUGUUGACCAUUUAAUAAAUUAAUCUGACCAUUCUUGAAAAUGAAUUUAAUAUUGUAAUUUUAAUAUUCUGAUUCCUACUCUAACUUAGGAUGGACCAAUAAUGCCAAAACAAACCCAGGUAUAGUACUCGAUCAAUUCUUAUGGAUGAUAUAUUUUCCAUAAAAAUGUUGAAGAUGUUAUAUAUACGUCAGAAUGCAAGUACUGGUGGAAGUGAUAUUCAUACUGAAGGAGUUACCAGCUUAAUGUUCAUUUAUAUGGAAAUCUAUGUAUUUAGCGAAGUGAAAUAUUUUAAUUUAAAACAUUCAAAUGAACUUGUAUAUCCUUUAUAAUCCUGUUGUUUUAUUCAUUAAUUUUGUGCUACAUAUUACCUUGUUUUUUAUAAUUUUAUGUAUUAUCCUUGUUUAAUUAUUAAU